CUCACUGGUGGUCUUAAGUGUCCUUUAGUUUUGUAUGAUCCUUGUAAUGAAGAACUAUAUGCAUUACUAGAAGACUCAGAUAAUUUCCCUGCUGGUGCUUUUCGAGAAUCUGAAAUACUUAAUAUUCUACGAGGCUUGGGACUUAGAACUUCUGUGUCUCCAGAUACUGUUUUAGAAUGUGAUCGAUGCAUCGAGCGUUUGAUGCAUGAGGAUCAACAAAAGGCAUACUUAAGAGGGAAAGUGCUUUUCUCUUACCUUGAAGUUAAUGCACUAAAGUGGCUUCCUGAUCAAGUUGUUGAUAAUAAAGGAGCAGUUAACAGAAUAUUAUCACGAGCAACAACUGCUUUUAGGUCUAGCAACACAAAAUCUGAUCUUGAAAAAUUCUGGAUUGACCUAAGGCUGAUUUCUUGGUGCCCAGUUCUAGUCACUAACCCUUUUCAGUCAUUACCAUGGCCAGUUGUCUCAUCAAUGGUUGCUCCUCCAAAACUUGUAAGGCCACUAAGUGAUUUGUGGCUUGUCUCAGCUAGCAUGCGGAUAUUGGACGUAGAAUGCUCUUCCACAGCUUUAUUAUAUGGUCUAGGAUGGAUGUCCCCACCUGGAGGAGGUGUAAUUGCUGCACAGUUACUGGAGCUUGGGAAAAAUAAUGAGAUUGUGUCUGAUCAAGUUCUUAGGCAGGAAUUAGCUCUGUCAAUGCCGAGAAUAUAUUCAAUACUGACUGGAAUGAUGUCUUCAGAUGAGAUUGAGAUUGUAAAAGCUGUUCUUGAAGGAUGUCGAUGGAUUUGGGUGGGGGAUGGAUUUGCAACUUCUGAGGAAGUUGUCCUAGAUGGUCCUCUUCAUUUGGCUCCAUAUAUUCGUGUUAUCCCAAUUGAUUUGGCAGUUUUCAAAAAAUUAUUUCUUGAACUUGGUAUUCGAGAAUUCUUGCAACCUGCUGAUUAUGCUAAUAUUCUUCAUAGGAUGGCAGUUAGAAAGGGAUCAUCUCCUCUUGACACACAGGAGAUAAGGGCCGUCACACUAAUAGUGCAUCAUUUAGCUGAAGUUUACCAUUAUGAACAAAAAGUCCAGCUCUAUCUGCCAGAUGUGUCAGGUAGACUAUUUCUUGCUAGUGACUUGGUUUAUAAUGAUGCCCCCUGGUUGCUUGGCUCAGAUGAUUCCAAUGGCUCAUUUGGCAGUCCUCCAAAUGUGGCUUGGAAUGCAAAGAAAACAGUACAAAAAUUUGUGCAUGGAAACAUUUCUAAUGAUGUAGCAGAAAAGCUUGGAGUUUGCUCUCUUCGUCGGAUGUUGCUGGCAGAGAGCUCAGAUUCAAUGAAUUUUGGCCUGUCUGGAGCUGCUGAGGCUUUUGGACAGCAUGAGGCUUUGACUACAAGGCUCAAGCACAUACUUGAAAUGUAUGCUGAUGGACCUGGGACCCUAUUUGAGCUGGUACAAAAUGCAGAAGAUGCUGGAGCUUCUGAAGUAAUAUUUCUUUUGGAUAAUUCUCACUAUGGGACUUCUUCUAUUCUUUCUCCUGAAAUGGCUGAUUGGCAAGGUCCUGCUCUAUACUGUUUCAAUGACUCAGUUUUUAGCCCCCAAGAUCUUUAUGCAAUAUCGCGUAUUGGUCAAGAAAGUAAACUUGAGAAGGCUUUUGCAAUUGGGAGAUUUGGACUAGGAUUUAAUUGUGUCUAUCACUUUACUGACAUCCCUAUGUUUGUUUCGGGAGAAAAUAUUGUAAUGUUUGAUCCCCAUGCCAGUAAUUUGCCUGGGAUUUCUCCUUCACACCCUGGUUUACGAAUUAAAUUUGUGGGACGAAAGAUUUUGGAGCAAUUUCCUGACCAAUUUUCCCCAAUGCUACAUUUUGGCUGUGAUUUGCAACAUCCUUUUCCUGGUACAUUAUUUCGAUUCCCUCUUAGAAGUGCAGGUGUUGCCUCUCGGAGCCAAAUCAAAAAGGAAAUUUAUACACCUGAAGAUGUCAGAUCUCUUUUUACUUCUUUUUCUGAGGUUGUUUCUGAAACAUUACUUUUCCUGCGCAAUGUGAAAUCUAUCUCUAUUUUUGUGAAGGAAGGAACAAUGAAUGAAAUGCACCUGCUGCACCGUGUAUGCAGAACCUGUAUAGGUGAGCCUGAAACUGGAUCUGCUGAAGCCCAGGAUGUGUUCAAUUUCUUCAAGGAAAGUAGACGUGUUGGAAUGAAUAGAGUUCAGUUUCUGAAGAAACUAAGACUAUCCAUUGGCAGAGAUUUGCCUUAUAAAUGCCAGAAGAUCAUAAUUACUGAACAAAGCACAUCAUCUCGUACUUCACACUAUUGGAUAACCACAGAAUGUUUAGGUGAUGGGAAUGCUCAAAAGAAAAGAUCUGAAACAGCCAAUAGUAGCUAUUACAAUUUUGUUCCAUGGGCAUGUGUUGCUGCAUAUUUGAAUUCUGUCAAGGUUGAAAUUGACAUGGUUGAAAGUUCAAAGGGGGAGAAUGAUUGCACGGUUUCUCCUGAUCUGUUUCAAAGUGUUAGUUUGCCUAAUCAUCAGUUGGAGAAUUUUGAAGAUCGUGCAUUCUGCUUUUUACCUUUACCAAUCAGUACUGGUCUUCCUGCUCAUGUGAAUGCAUACUUUGAAUUGUCAUCAAAUCGCAGGGAUAUCUGGUUUGGUUCUGAUAUGGCUGGAGGUGGAAGAAAACGCUCAGAGUGGAAUAUUUUCCUCCUUGAAAAUGUUGUUGCCCCUGCAUAUGGUCGUUUGCUUGAGAAAAUAGCAUCAGAGAUCGGCCCUUGCAAUUUGUUCUUCUCGUUAUGGCCAACAACAUUAGGGUUAGAACCUUGGGCAUCAGCAGUGCGGAAACUCUAUCAAUUUGUUGCUCAGUUUAAUCUCCGUGUAUUAUAUACAGAAGCUAGAGGAGGACAGUGGACUUCAACCAAACAUGCUAUAUUUCCUGAUUUUACUUUCCCCAAGGCAGCUGCUGAGCUUGUAAAAGCGUUGUCUGGGGCUUCUCUACCUGUCAUUACUCUUCCACAGUCACUUUCUGAAAGGUUUAUGGAAAUCUCUUCGUCAUUGCAUUUUAUGACUCCUAAGCUGUUAAGGACCCUUUUAAUCAGAAGGAAGCGCGAAUUCAAAGACAGGGAUGCAAUGAUAUUGACUCUUGAAUAUUGCUUACAUGACUUGCAAAAAUCCUUGCAGUUUGAUGCCCUAUGCGGCUUGCCUUUGUUACCAGUUGCAGAUGGUUCCUUUACAUCAAUUGAUAUGAAGGGAGCUGGAGAAAGAGUUUACAUUGCACGUGGUGAUGAAUACGGCCUUCUGAAAGAUUAUAUUCCUCAUCAACUUGUAGAUUGUGAUAUUCCUGAAGAAGUUCAUAGAAAACUUUGUUACAUUGCCGAAACGGAUGGAACAAACAUUUCUUUCCUGUCAUGCCAGUUGCUUGAGAAACUUCUUGUGAAGUUACUUCCUGUAGAGUGGCAACAUGCUCGGCAAGUAAGUUGGACUCCUGGUAUUCAUGGCCAACCAAGUGUAGAGUGGUUGCAACUACUGUGGAACUAUCUGAAAUCAUAUUGUGAUGAUCUUAUCAUGUUUUCUAAGUGGCCUAUAUUGCCAGUUGGGGAUGACUGCCUGAUGCAGUUAGCACAAAAGUUGAAUGUGAUAAGAAAUGAUGGAUGGAGUGAGAAGAUGUCUUCUUUGUUAGUGAAGGUUGGAUGUUUAUUCUUGAGACAUGAUCUGUUAUUGGAUCACCCUAAAUUGGACUGCUUUGUGCAGUCAGCAACAGCAAGAGGUGUACUAAAUGUGUUUCUGGCUAUUGCUUUGGAACCACAUAAGAUUGAGGGGAUCUUUACAGAUGUAUCUGAAGGGGAGCUUCAUGAACUAAGAAGUUUUAUUCUCCAAACAAAAUGGUUCUCCGAAGAGCAAAUUGAUGACAUGCAUAUUGAAAUCAUCAAACAACUUCCAAUAUUUGAGUCUUACAAAAGCAGAAAACUGGUUAGUUUGAGUAGUGCUAUUAAAUGGCUUGGUCCUACUGGUGUUUGUGAAGAUCUCUUAAAUGAUAAUUUCUUAAGAACUGAAUCAGAAACAGAGCGAGUCAUUAUGAAAAGGUAUUUAGGAAUGAAAGAACCAACUAAAGUGGAAUUCUACAAGGAUUACAUUUUCAAUCACAUGUCAGAGUUCGUUUCAAGGCAAGAAAUUGUUAUGGCCAUUCUGCAUGACGUGCAGCAUUUGGUUGAAGAGGAUCUCUCUCUCAAGUCUUCAAUCUCGUGUGCCCAAUUUGUUCAGGCAGCAGAUGGAUCUUGGCAACAACCAUCAAGGCUUUAUGAUCCUCGGGUUCCUCACCUUAAAAAGAUGCUUCAUGGAAAUGCUUUCUUUCCUUCAGACAAAUUCUUUGAUCCCGAAAUUUUGGAUGCUUUAGUUUGCCUUGGACUUAGGACAACUCUAGGAUUUACUGGCUUGCUUGAUUGUGCUAGGUCAGUUAGCCUCUUGCAUAAUUCUGGGAACAUUGAUGCCUCCAAACAUGGUGGAGAGUUACUGCAUCUUUUAGAUACAUUAGCCUAUAAGCUCUCAAAUAAAGUUGGAAGUAAGAAUGAUGAUCAACAAGGUGGUGUGGCUCUGGAAAGUAGCAGCAUAACGGAUGAUGCUUUUGUAUAUGAUGGUUUCCCUAAAGAAGAGACCUACCUGACUGAUAUUGAUUUAUUUUGUAGCAGCUCAGCAUUUGAUAUGGUAGAAGAAGAAUUUUGGUCUGAAUUGAAGCUAAUCUCUUGGUGUCCAGUAAUUUCUAAUCCAGCUGUUAUGGGACUUCCAUGGUUAAAAUCCAAUAACCAAGUUGUUGCACCCCCUACUAGUGUGAGGCCUAAAUCACAGAUGUGGAUGGUAUCUUCCUCAAUGUUUAUUUUAGAUGGUGAAUGUGACACUACAUAUCUACAAACUAAACUUGGGUGGAUGGAUUGCCCAAAUGUUGGGGUUUUAACAAGGCAGUUAGUUGAGCUAUCUAAAUCCUAUCAGCAGCUUAAGAUAAAUUCACUGCUGGAUCCCAGUUUUGAAGCUCAGUUGCAAAAGGAAAUACCUUACCUUUACUCAAAAUUGCAGAAAUUUAUUAAUACUGAGGAUAUCAAUAACCUGAAAGCAGGGUUGGAUGGUGCUUCAUGGGUUUGGAUUGGUGAUGAUUUUGUAUCACAAAAUGCACUGGCAUUUGAUUCACCUGUAAAAUUUACACCUUAUUUGUAUGUUGUUCCAUCUGAACUAUCAGAGUAUAAAGAUUUGUUGAUAAAGCUGGGAGUUAGAUUGAGUUUUGGUAUUUCAGACUAUCUUCAAGUAUUACAAAGGUUGCAGAAUGAUGUGCACGGGGUUCCUCUGUCUACAGAUCAGUUAAAUUUUGUCCAUUGUGUCCUUGAAGCCAUAGUAGAGUGUUGCUUGGAGAAGCCACUUUUUGAGACUUUUGAUAGUCCCUUGUUGAUUCCUAAUGAUUUUGGAGUUUUAAUGCAAGCAGGAGAUCUUGUAUAUAAUGAUGCACCUUGGCUGGAAAACAGCUCCCUUAUUGGUAGACAUUUUGUGCAUCCAGUUAUAGGCAAUGAUUUGGCUGACAAGCUUGGUGUACAGUCAGUUCGAUGCCUUUCUUUAGUCAGUGAUGAUUUGACUAAAGAUCUACCCUGCAUGGACUACAAUAAAGUAAAUGAACUUUUGGCGCUGUAUGGAAACAAUGAGUUUUUGUUGUUUGACCUUCUUGAGUUGGCAGAUUGCUGCCAAGCCAAGAGAUUACACCUGGUUUAUGAUAAAAGGGAACAUCCUCGCCAAUCCCUGCUGCAGCACAAUUUAGGUAAUUUUUAGAUAUGUUUUAGAAAAUUUGGAUAUUUUUGUUUAGGUAAUGUAUAGUCAUUUGUUUCAACAAAAUGACUGUUAUUUUUGUCGAGGAGGUCAUGUGAGGAGGAAUGAUACA